ACCAGUCAAUGCUUUUCCAACUUCGGUGGGUUGCGGUUGGACGGCGCGAUUUCUCUCCGUGUUUUUUGCGAAAUUGUUUUAGAGAAAAAAAAGUUUUUUUGCGGACGAGUGACUCUAUUUUUUCCCGAUUGUUUGUUACGGACGAGAACUGUCAGACUGGAUUGAUUGGUGUCGAGCUGGAUUCUUCGUUUUUGGAAUAUUCGUGUGGUGAGAGAGAAUAAAAGUGAGUGAUACCUUUUGCUCGAUUUUUUUUUGAGGAUGAACAAGAGCACCGAUAAAAGUGAGCAGAUAAAAUUUGCGUCGUUUUGAGAAAAUUAAUGAAGAAAUUUGCCCAGCAUCCCGCAAGAUGAGGAAAAAGAAAACUCGCCCGGAAAAUGCCUCCAACAAUAGUGGAUUUUCCGUUGCCGUUGCAAUGAAAUUGGGAGAAGAAAACUGAAAUCGUACGAAAAUAAAGCAAAAAAAAAAGAGGCCAAAAUUGGAAUGUUGUGUGUGCGAAAUAAUUGCAAUUUCACUGGGCUUUUGGAAUUGAGAAAACGGAAAAGAAGCUGAGCAGUUUCAGUGUUGGUGUGUGUGUGCACUCAGAGAGGUGGAAAAACAACGGUGAAAAGUCGGGAAAAUGACGACGGCGAAAAGAUGGAAGAACUGAGCGCAAGCUGUCAAAAGCCAAGUUUUCGUCGAAGGAAGCUGUGUGGAUUAUUCUUCAACGAAAACACCGCAGAAGGAGAGAAAAAUACCGCCACAGAACGUCAGUGACAAUCGAUCGAGCCAGAAGUGUGGGUUGGUGCGAGUGAAUUUCCAACAGUUUGGGGCCAGAGCAACUGUCGAAGAAGUACACAAAAGCCGCACUGUCAAGUGUCAAGUGUCGAUAACGGGGAAGCAGUAGGUAAAUUUGGAACAACAAAACGUGUUCUAAGCCGCCAAAGGGAGCGUAAAAAGGUCAGGAAGUUUGGCGGAAAGUGAACCCCGAUAUCAACGCGCGCGCACUUCGAGGAAAGUUUUCGAGGAAGUGUUUUGUGGAACAGAACCGACCACAAAUCGAAAAAAAAGGGGUUCGCACGUAAGGUUAUGAGCGCCUGUUCGCGGGUCGUCGUCAAGUGCAACAACCCGGCAAGGUCGCGGCCAAAUUCUGUCCCGCGGUAGUGUUGGUGAGGUCGGCAAUCGUUCGGAAGGCAAAAGUGGUGGUAGUUCUGCAGCCGCCGAAGCAGGUGCCAGUGAUUGUGAGCUGAUAACGAUGAACGUGGGACAGCACACGGGGCCCGGGCCGCCACUGAACCGGAGCGGCUGUUCGGACCGCUCGGUGACGGGGCCGUCCUGUCGGGCGCUGCGGACGGCCGUUUCGGCGCUCUACUGUCUGGAUGACUUCCACCGCGAGAAGAUCGGCGCCGGGUUCUUCUCCGAGGUGUUUAAGGUGACCCACCGCACGACCGGUGACGUGAUGGUGCUCAAGAUGAACCAGAUGCGCGCGAAUCGGCCCAACAUGCUGCGCGAGGUGCAGCUGCUUAACAAGCUGUCCCAUCCGAACAUUCUAAGAUUCAUGGGCGUCUGCGUGCAGGAGGGUCAGCUGCACGCCCUCACCGAGUACAUCGAGGACGGCUCGCUGGAGCAGCUGAUCGCGAACGGGACCGAGUACCUGACGCCGCUGCUCAAGGUGCGCAUCGCGCUUGGGAUCGCCCGGGGGAUGCAGUACGUGCACGACGUCGGCAUCUUCCACCGGGACCUGACGAGCAAGAACGUGCUAGUGAAGCGGAUAGGCGAGGGAAUGUUCGAUGCGGUGGUCGGAGAUUUUGGACUGGCAGCCAAUAUCCCGCGGAAAUGUGGUAAACCAAGACUGGACACGGUAGGCUCGCCCUACUGGAUGAGCCCCGAGUGCCUCAAGGGCCAAUGGUACGACCAGACCAGUGACGUGUUUUCCUACGGGAUCAUCCUCUGCGAACUGAUUGCACGGAUUGAGGCUGAUCCCGACUUUAUGCCAAGGACUGAUUCGUUUGGGCUGGACUACAUCGCGUUCGCCGAUCUCUGCCCGAACGACACGCCACCGGCGUUUCUAAGACUGGCUUUUUAUUGUUGUACCUAUGAUCCAAAGAGUCGCCCCACGUUUACCGAGUGCAUCAAGAAGUGCACCCUGCUGUCGGAUGUGUGCGAGGACAGUUACAGUCGGCAUAGUAUAAGCAAUGGUACUAACAACAGCAGCAGCAGCAGCACCGUCCUUUCCUCGCCCCAACCCGUGGCCGGUUCCGCGCCGCCCCCAUCUUCUGUACAUAGCAAUAGCAUUAGCAGCAUUAGCGUUAGCGUUAGCAGUAGUAAUAGUUCAAACGGUUGUGUCACCAACGGCAAAAAGCGGAACUCGAUCGACGUGGCCAACAUGGAGCAACCUCCGACGGCGACGACGACGACGACGACUGCACCAACGCCCUCGUCCAAGGAGGUUCUCAGCCGGGAGAACAGCCUCAACGCCGACCGCGACGGGGACAAUCCGCUGCACCACCGAAGGUCCCUCUCCGAAAACGUGAUCGUCUUCCCGCCCCACACGACGCCCAGCGACAAGGCCCGCUACCACAUGUACCAACGUCCGCUGGUCACGAGCAAACUGGCCGAGUCGGUCAUCCCGGAGUCGCCGACCUACUCGAACCAGACGCUGCGCAAGGUCGCCGAAACGAUGCUGCUCAAGGACUCGCAGUACAAGCCGCGGGCCAAGACGGACCUGGGCGCCCCGCCCCAAAGCGAACCCUUCACGGCGCUGUCCCAGCUCAAGGGCGUCAAGAAGAUCCUCGGCCCGAACCCGGCCGUCACGACGUACAGUUCGGGCGAUUUGUUCAGCUCCUGCUUCGAGAUAUCGGCGCCGUUGCUGCGCGAGUGGAACAUAGUACAAAGCCGGAACGCGAAAAAUCGGGACGGGCUGAGCAGCGGUAGCGGAAGCAGCACGGACGGGCAGCCGAAGAGUUUGCCCAGCUCGCCGACGUCGCCACGGAAGGAGUUCUGCGACGAUGAGGAGGAGGAUUGUGGAGGAGCGAGGCAGCAGGAUCAAUCUGGGACUGUGCGGAGGUUUAGGAGUAAAUCCAAACUCUCGGAAGAAAACGGCACCAACAACGGGUCCGGAACCGGCUACAGCCCCGCGGAAGACUACAGCACCGCCACGAUACCGGCCUACACCUUCACGCGGAAGGUCUCCCUGGGCGGUGCGUCCGGGGUGAAAAAGUACCGUGCCAACUUUACCGAACUCACCAGCCACCCGCUGUACAAGAGCGGUGCGAUCGAAACGGCCACCACCCAGCAGCAGCCGGAUGUGAACGGGGGCAACACGGACAGCGGGACGGAGGAGGGUGAGGCUUGUGGCUCGAUUAAGAAGAGUUCGUCGAGUGUGCUGGGCGAGGGGAUGCUGGAGACGCCGCGGAUAUUGACGAGGCGGGGUUCGACGGAGAGUGGGUUCUUUUCGUGCUUGAACGAGGACUUUAGUACGACGACGACGUACCGGUCGCCGGCGUGUCCGUGUGGGGAGAAGGUGAACUUUGAGUCGGCGGACCGGUUGUCGGUUUGUCGGUGCGUUUAUCAGGGUGUUGGAGGGGGUGUUACGGGGAAGUUGGAGGACUUGGAACUGUCGUCGAAUCAGACGUUGAACGAUAGUUCGAGCAUUUUGCUGUUUGACGAGGCGUCUUCGACGAACGUGAGUUCGCUGCGCAGCAUGGACGACCUGGAGCUGUCGGAUUCGAUACGGAAAAAGUUCAACUAUCGGCACCACGCGAUGCUGAGCAACGUGGACAUUGACGCGAGGUCGAUCGACAUGGGACUGAUCAACCGGUUGGCACUGGACUCGGAGAUUCACAGCAUGAUCCAGAAGAACCAGUUUGCGAACCAGCUGCUCUACUGCAAGAACCGCUCGUCGUCGAUCUUCACCGACAGCUCGGACGACAUCAGUUCACUCGCGGGUUCCGACUCGCUCCUCUGGGACGACCGGUCCUUCACCACAAUCCCCAACACGCGCUCGGCCCAGAUCGCCAAGAUCGUCGAGUACUUUGAGCGCAAGGGUCAAACCUUCAAGCCCUUUACCGUACCUGAUUCGGCGUUCGGCGUCCACUCGUCCGCCUCGUCCACCUCGUCGUCAACGUCGGGCCACCACUACCAGCUGUCCCACCAGCACCACCGCAACGCCGGACAGGACAACCCGACGGCAAGCCGACGACCCUCGAACAGCUACUGCAAGUACACGGCGGCGGAGAUUCGCCAGCGCAGCGAGUACGAAGCGUUUUGUCUGGAUCUGGACCGGCGGCAAACGUCGGCCGGGAUCGCCCAGCAGUACCACCAGCAGCAGCAGCACCGGCUCAACAACAUCUGCGAGGGGAAUGUGCGCUCCAAGCUGCAGCUGUUUGACAAGAUGAAGCAGUCGCAGCAGGGAGGUGCGGGAGCCGGACAGCAAUCGCCGGUGAUGACCAGCUCGGGAAGCAGUAGCAGUAGCAUUGGGAGUAGUAACGGAGUAGCGAACGGUGGCGGGACAACGGGAACUAGUAACGGUAACGCGUAGUUGUUAAAGAAAAAUCUACUUGCUUUUUUUUUGAGAACCUUUGAGAAAUAAAAAUUAAAGACGGAAUUUAAAACACGAUUUCGGGAACUAACUCUUCAGCAACACUAAUCCGGAUUGUGAUAACCAACUUGGAUUGUGACCUAUGAAAUCUGAAAUCUACGUGCACUUGUUGGAAGAAAGAGAUUUUGAGCGAUCUUUCGAAAUUUGUUCAAUUCCAUACUUCAUUAGCGAUUUAUCAUUCGUUUAAAAGCAGUCCCAACUUGCAUGUAACGAAGGAAUAUUGCAUUCAAAAUUGUAUGCUAUGACUUCGAUUCUGACAAAUUAUGUGUUUUUGACUAUUUUAUGUGAAAAAGUCUAUGAUCGUUUCAAAUUUUGUAACUUUACAGCCAAUUUUUUUCCGCACUUUUACAUAGUUUUAUUCAGAUAUUUUUUAAAAUCAAUUCUUUUCUUUUUUUUAUUUUUAAUCGUAUUGUUUCUUUCAAUCCACAGAUUUUGUUCUGUGAUUAUGUUAUCAUGCAAUUUUGGAAACUUGCAAAAAAAUGAAAUAUAUAUAUAUUUUUAAAUAUAAUCGCUUUCGCAUGAAGAUGGGGACUUAAGCAAGUUGCAGACUGGAUUCCGUCAUGUAUGUAAUUUUUUUUAAUUAAUCAUUAAACGCAAGAGAAAAAAUUGCAGAUAAAUUAACAAUAUUUGUUAGGGUAGAUUAAAAGGAAUUAUGUUUAUGAAUAAAACUCACUUUUCCACAAAUUUCAAAUUGUGUUGCUUAAAACCUACUUCUAAAACAAGUGCACAACUUUCUACAAUUUCUAUUAACUGAUUAAUCGUCUUUCCUACCCUGUGAAAACUGUCAUUCUUAAAAUUUUCCUCAUCAUUCAACCUUCCACGAAAUCAACAAAUCCAUUUGCUAAAAACAGCAAAAAAACGUGUUGAAAACACCAACAAUUUGGCUCAAGUCGCGAAAGUGCGCACCAAAAUUUGGUGCCAGAAAUAAGCAUAAAAAAAAUGAACUUAAAUUGUCUCAAAGAGUGGAAUAUUGCGUCCUCGAUCGGAAGAGCAAUAUAAAAAGUAAAAUUUGUAAAAAAAAAAUCAUCAAUCUUGUUACUCACACGUUACAAUUGUUACGCAACGCAAAGCAGUAAGCACAAAUUAAAUACCCCUAAAUCACAAUUUGAAAAGUAAAAAAAAAACUUGCGAGGGCCUUAUAUUUUUUUUUUU